CUACGAAAUGCUGAUACUCCGUGUAGCAAUGGGGCGUGUUCCAAUUGGGAUUUCGGCUGAUACCAAUACCGAUCACAUAGAUGCAGUGUAAUUGUUGAAAUGUACUACUGGCUAUAUUAGGGCUCACUAAGGUUUCUUCUUGUGAGAGCUAGUUUUACAAAAUGAUAAUGGCCAAGAGCUACUCAUUUUUGUAACCCUUAUAUUUAUGGCUUACCUCAAGCCAAAGAAAGGUUAACAACAUGCUUGUUUUACCACAUCAUGCUGGUAUCCACAAGUCAGCUUUUGUAUUUCAUAGUGCAUUUAUUUCUACAGCAAAUGUGCGGGUGAGUCACCAUAUAAGAAAAUAAAAACAAACAAGGGUGUUGAAUUUUAAAGUAAGACAAGAGUUGUGCUAUGGGUCCCGUGUGAAAGAAUUUUUUUUGGUGUCACCUUCUCACAUGGUGCCAGUGUGGCUGCAGGUUGGUGCGGUGGUAAAUCAUCAGUUAAGCUGCUGGAUCAAAGGUCCUCUGGGAGGUGUCUCUGGAAUUUGCCCGUGCAGAAAUUCACUCGGUGCACCACUGCUUUCUUCUCCACUCCUUGUCCCUGAACGACAAACACAGAACAUCCAGUGCAACAUGGAAGUCUCAGCCCAUGAUGGAGUUAUGCCACGUGAUCACUCGGACAGCUCGGACUCGGAGCUGGAGAGGCAAGAGGUCAGCCAGGUGCAGGUCCAUGUCUCCGCAGAUGAACCUACCUCCCCGGACUACAUGGACACCAGAGACGGAGACGCACGCAGCCGCUCUUCCUCUUCCUCUUCUUCUUCUUCAUCUAAUAGCCAUGAAGAAGAGGAGGGUGGAGCGGCAUUAAAGAUGGAGGAUGUUCCCAAGGAGCCAGAUGUCCACCAGGAGGAGGUCCAACCGGAGGGGGUGAACCAGUCCAGGCGCUCCUCUGCAUCCUCCACCUCCCCUGAGGAGGACAACGCCGAGGAUGGUAUGCUGAUGGCCUACAAGCAUAUGGACACCAAGGCAGAGGAGUCUGUGGACUACAGCCUGAAGACUCUGGAGAACAUCAGCCAAGACGAGAGCAGCCUCACUCCGUCUGAUCCCAGACAUCCAGAGAUCUCUCUCUUUGUCAAGGCGGGCAGCGAUGGCGAGAGCAUUGGCAACUGUCCCUUCUCGCAGCGUCUCUUCAUGAUCCUCUGGCUCAAAGGAGUUGUCUUCAAUGUCACCACCGUGGACCUCAAGAGGAAGCCGGCGGACCUGAACAACCUGGCGCCCGGCACACACCCGCCAUUCCUCACAUACAAUGGAGAGGUCAAGACCGACAUCAACAAGAUCGAGGAGUUCCUUGAGGAGAUGCUAGCACCCCCCAAGUAUCCUAAACUGGCGGCCAAGCAGAGAGAGUCCAACACGGCUGGGAAUGACAUCUUCGCCAAGUUCUCAGCCUUCAUCAAGAACACCAAGGUGGAGGCUAACGAAGCAUUGGAGAAAGGUUUAACAAGGGCGCUGAAGAAGCUGGACGACUACCUGAAUGGUCUCCUGCCUGACGAGAUUGAUGCAGGCAGCAUGGAGGAGGAGAAGGCCUCCAAGCGAUGCUUCCUGGACGGGAACGAGCUGACCCUGGCAGACUGUAACCUGCUGCCUAAACUGCACAUAGUCAAGGUUGUGUCUAAGAAGUACCGAAACUACGACAUUCCCUCGAACAUGACGGGAAUCUGGCGAUACCUGAAGAAUGCGGCAGCGCGGGAUGAGUUCACCAACACAUGCGCAGCCGACUCAGAGAUCGAGAUGGCAUACAGGGACGUGGCCAAGAGGCUGUCCAAAUAGAUCCGACUUGGGUACCUUUUGGGUGUCCCCUUCAGAGUUUGUCCACACGUCACAAGUGAUGUCGAUGGUCUUUGAGAUGUAUUUAUUUUCUAUCACCACACCAUGCAGCCUGUCAUUUGACUCGCUUCGACUCCCAGUGAUGUCAAGGUGCUUGACUUUAUUUAUCCGUCCACCCACUAGUCUCGUCUGACUCCACUGUAUACUUUUUGCUCUUGGUCUGACUAACAUCAACAACAAAGCUUAUUAAAACUUUGCUCAUUUUGUCUCACUCACUCUUUCUCUCCACUCCCCAACUCUGACCCAUAUGUACCAGUGCUUCAAAUGUAAGAGAAUGAUGUUUAUUUCAGGCCUUUGGGGGUUUAAGAAUGAAGGGCAAAUCCCCACCGCCUUCAACCCAGAGGGAGUCAAGA